AUGAAAGGUAUCAUCUCUAUAAAAGAGUGUAAUUUGUCUAAAUCUUUACCCUUAAAUUCCCAGCAGGGUGUCAUGCUUGAUCUUAAGCUAUCAAAUGAAGGCUCAAGCAUGGAGUCAAAAGUAGACGAAAACCGCCUUAAUCUUAACCAAAAACCAUCAAUGAUGAGAAUUAGUGCACCCAAUAAAUCCAUGCAAGAAGAAAAUCCCUUAGAAACAAUAACUAAGGUAGUUUUCACUUGUAAUUAUUGCAAAAAAGAGUUUUCAACUUCUCAAGCUUUAGGAGGUCACCAAAAUGCUCACAAACAAGAGAGGGCCCUUGCUAAGAGGAGAAGUAGUGGAGGUUUAGAUCAAGUGAUGAAUGUUGGUCAUCACUUUUCUUAUAAUCGUCCAUACUAUUCUUUUUCAGGUACACAAAACAUGCCUUUUUUUUUUGGACCAUAUAAUUAUCGUUCACCUCUUGGGAUCAGAAUGGAGCCAUCUAUGAUUCAUAAAUCCUCUUGGUUGAAUCCUGUUAAUUGCUUUGCGCAUGAUGGGUGGCCUAGGACGACACUUAUGACGAAUUCGUCGUCGUCGUCGGAUAAACUAAGGAUGGAAAAUAGUACUCAAACAAUAUUGAAUGAACCUAAUUGCAUUGCAGAAUCUUCAAUGAUACCUGAAAAAGAGGAUAAUGCAAUUACAAAUAAUCUAAGUUCUUACAAGUCAAGUGCUGGAAGAGAUCAUACAAUGUCAUCAAGCAAUGUUACUAGUGGAAAUGCUCUUCCAAAUGAAGGAAAUCUACUUCUCCUUGAUGGCAUUGAUUCAAACUAUGACAAGACUCAAGCUUCAAACCUUGAUUUAUCCCUUAAGCUUUGA